AUGACUCAUUUCGGCCUCAAUGGCUCUGCCUCAGCCGGCCACUGUUCGAGUGAAAGAGGAUUGCUGCUCUCCUGUAUCCACGGCCUCCGGCUCGGCUGGACUGGUCGUAAGCGGAGCAAGCGAAAGAGGGCAAUAGAGAUGCCGGUGGCCAGAAGCAAAGUUGAGGGUGACUCGGCCAAAAAAAGGGGCUGCGACUCGUUGGCUCCAGCCCUGAUCCAAUUAGGCCAAUUUAUGCUGAUUACGCCAGACACCGUCUGCACCAUCGUCGUCUCGAGUGGUCGGUCCGGUAGGCAAGAGGGUGGCAUGCCUCGAGAAGUGGUCGGCCCAAUCAGACUCGUCGGUUGGUCCACCUUGUCCGGGCCCCAAAAGUCGCCUCUGGCCAUGAUACAGAAGGGAUGGGAGGCUAUCCGAAAUUGGCGUUUGUGUGCAUCUGCUGGGACCGUUUUGUUGGUGUGUCGUCUCAUCAGACCUCGUUACCUCCCAGUUGACCGCCUCCUGUACCAUACGGCAUCAAAGACAAGCGUCAAAGCAGAAGCUAUUCGUUCAGUUGGGUCGACACUGAUGCAUCGGAAGACCCUGCGGGGUACGGAGCAAUUCGGUUGUCGUGGAGGACAACUUCUUUUCCUCUCCUCGCCGCUCGUUCGAGUCCCACCUAAGCCAUUAUCGUAUCGUCAA